UACGAGCUCCACCGAGAGUAAUGUUACAGAAGCGAAGACUGAAGACACUGCGUAUCGCUGGUGUUCCACAUACAGCCAUUGCAGUGCAUUGACAUACAGCGGCAGCCUUUGAUUAUACCGAUACGAAGAUGGGUAAAGAUCCUGCAAAGCCGAGGGGAAAGAUGUCCUCUUAUGCCUACUUUGUUCAGACGUGCCGGGAGGAGCACAAGAAGAAGCACCCGGAAGCUUCAGUCAACUUCUCAGAGUUCUCCAAGAAGUGCUCUGAGAGAUGGAAGACAAUGUCUGCCAAGGAAAAGGGGAAGUUUGAGGAUCUGGCUAAGCUUGAUAAAGUGCGCUAUGAAAGGGAGAUGAGAAGCUACAUCCCUCCCAAGGGAGAGAAGAAGAAGAGGUUUAAGGACCCCAAUGCCCCAAAGAGACCACCGUCUGCGUUCUUCAUCUUCUGCGCUGAUUUCCGGCCCCAGGUGAAGGGAGAGACCCCGGGCCUGUCCAUCGGUGACGUGGCCAAGAAACUGGGAGAGAAGUGGAACAAGCUCACAGCUGAGGACAAAGUGCCGUACGAGAAGAAGGCCGCCAAGCUGAAGGAGAAGUAUGAGAAGGACAUCACCGCGUACCGCAACAAGGGUAAGGUUCCCGUCAGCAUGCCGGCAAAGGCUGCCGCUCCCGCCAAGGACGACGAUGAUGACGACGACGAAGAUGACGACGAAGACGACGAUGAUGACGAUGAUGAGGAUGACGAGUAGAUCACCGCUGUUCACUGCGGAGCUGAUCCUUUCUUGUUUAUAAAACAUUUAACCCCCCCAUGUACACACAUCACUUACUCAAAACGAAAAGUAACAUGAAGAUGUUAUAAAAAAAAAAGAAAACAAAGAAAAAUUCUGUACCAAAAAAAAUGUAUCCGCUGUGUAUAAGAAUUGUUUUUAAGCUGUACAGUUUUUGUUUUUUUUCUCCUCCCUUUUUGUAUAGUUAACACUACAAAAGUGUAAUAUGUGUUUGUCAGUGCUUUUCCCAGUUAAUUUCUCCCGCUAUGUUUUCCUCCUUCGCAGUGGUAGUUCCUGUAUACCACUAUUAUCCCGGGGUACAUCCCAAAUGACACCCCCUUACCCAUUUAGUGCACUAGUUUUGACCAGGUCGCCUUGCUCUUUAGUCAAACAGGGUACACUGUGUAGGGAACAUGGUGUCAUUUGGGAUCUAGCCCUGCCUGGUACAGGUAAAAACAUCUAGGCAACCGAUGGGUCUGUUUGCCCUAGCUAGCAGUGCACAGCAGAACACAAACCUAGUUCUAUAUGUGGGGUCCUAGUGGUUCUUCUGUCUCCAAUGACUGGUGUAUUUGUUCUUUUUUUGUUUUUUUAAAUGAUGUAUUAUCAAAUUGCCGUAUUAGCAUAAAGUUAUUUUACUGUACUAUUUGAAUACCACUGUAAUUGCGAGAGAAAAAAGAUAGGAUUGCAUUUUUGUUGAGAUUCUGAAUUGCUUCUGACGUCAAUAAACCUUUUUUUUUUU